AUGCCUACCGCCCCUUGCACACGCCGCGGUGUGUGCGAUUCCAACUGGCUGCUUAGCGUGGAUGGACCCCUCCCGCCUCCCCAGCUGUCACCGCGUGGUGGCAGUUUCCCCACGCCCUUUCAGAGGCGUGCUUGUCGCCGAGCCGCCGCCGUCGCCGCGCUCAACAAUGGGCUGCUUAGGCUUGGUGCCAAAAUGCAAGUGCGACCCGUCGAGCCAAAGCAGAGCCUCGGAAUCGCUGCAUUGGUAAGGGCUCGGAUCGACGCCCCGCUGCUCCAAGCCGUCGUCGAUCCUUGGAUGCCAAGCUGUCGAACGCUCGAUCAAUGCACAGCCCGCCCUGCUCGUAGCAGCAGCAGCAGCCGUCCCUUCCAACUCGCUCUGGAGCCCGUUCGCUCGCUCUGCUUUUCGCCUCGCGAGCUGGGAAAAUUUGAGACGGGGGCGGCGCAUGGCUGUCCGCUGCGCUGUUGGCCGCCAGAUUCGCCGCACGACAACGCUGCACGAACAACCCUCCCCCCUUCCAGGUUCGGCACCCAUCUCGAGCGUCCGACGAGGAGGCGCAUCCAAGUUUUCAGUCCCAACGAGGCCCAAGUUUUUUUCUCUCUCCCCCCUCCUUUGUUCGCGGCUCAAGCGCAGCCCAAGCGCAGCUCAAGCCCUCUUUCUCCCCGCUGGGCCUUGCCGCCUUCGCCACCCUCGCCUGCUGCUCAUCCGCUGGGAUUCGAAGCCUGGGUCCCAUCCCGUCGGGCCCCCGCUGCUGCCCGACUGCCUCCCGAAACCUUACGCGGGCAGGCGCUCCUUCUCCGCCUGGCAGCUGCUCUUCUGUUCGCCCUGCCAGAUCAAGCUUGGCUGCUCACUCACCCGCUCGCUCAAGACGCUCGCAACGCUCACGACGCUCACAACGCUCACGGCUCUCCGCUCGACCUUCGAACCUGGGCCGACACCUCCUUCCCGCAGCCGCCGCCGCCGCCGCCCACCGCCGAAUUGCAAUAUAUCCCUUCUACCUUGAACCCCCCUCCUCAUCUUUGUCGAGGCGCCAUCACCAUCUGGACCAGCAUCUCUCGCAAUACCUACCUCGCCAACCUUCACUUCUGGUUCGCACAAAGCAUCGUCUGCCAUCCUCGCAUCCCAUCGCCAAAGCUCCCUUCUCCACGUCUAAAAGCAUUCUCCAUUCCCAAGCCCUCUCUCCAACCCCCACCCACGCAAACACAAGCAUUUGCCUCCCACCCGUACACCGUCCUUUCAUCAACUCCGACUUUGCAUCUCGCCCUCCGCACCACGCAGCUCUCUCAUCCUCGCGACAGUCUGGCCAUCCUCUCAUAUGCGCACUGCAGCUCAACGCUCCCACUCCAUUCUCUGAUCGUCUCUCCCAAAGUUGCCACCUAG